CGAUAUAGAAAAAGGAUGGGGCUGAAGAGCCUUCUCCAUCAUCACUCGCUCGGGGCCGCGUUAGGCACUGCCGCACCGCUGCUGGCGGCCGCAUCGCAUCCCAUUGGUGGCGGUGGCCUCAUCCUCCUCCCUCCUCCUCUUUUCUCGCUCCCACCUGCUUGUCCUUCUCACUUUCGUCAUCGCCUUCCUCCUCUGCUACCGUCUCCGCCCUUCUUGAGAAUCUGCUGGGACCAAAGAAGGAAACGAGGGCAAAUGGCCGGGGGGCUCGUCGGUGGCAGCGGAGGAGGAGGAGGAGGAUUGAACCCGACCGUGGUGAGGUUCGUUCUGGUGGUGAUGGCGCUCGGCCUCGCCGGCUACAUCGUGGGGCCGCCGCUCUACUGGCACCUCGCCGAAGCCCUCGGCCGCUCCUCCGCCUGCCCCCUUUGCGCCCCCUGCGAUUGCUCCGCUCAGCCCCUUCUCUCCCUCCCCCAAGAGCUGAUCAAUGUGUCUUCCACGGAUUGUGCAAAACAUGACCCAGAGGUCAGUGAAGAAAUGGACAAGAAUUUCACUGACCUUCUUGCAGAGGAAUUGAAGUUGAGAGAGGAAGAGGCAACUGAAGCUCAGCAUCGUGCUGAUGUGAAACUGCUUGAGGCCAAGAAGUUGGCAUCACAAUAUCAAAAGGAAGCUGACAAGUGCAACUCAGGGAUGGAUACCUGUGAGGAAGCUCGGGAGAAAGCUGAGGCUGCACUAUUAGAACAAAAGAAACAAACUUCCAUGUGGGAACUAAGAGCUCGGCAGCGAGGAUGGAAGAAUACUCAUGCUUAUUGAAGGUUGUUGUGUUCUAUAUUCUGGCGCACGAUAUUGACUUUUACAAUUGAAUGCUAUACUUGCUGUAGCCAAAGGAAUCUGCACCUGUCCAUACAAAGUUGUUCCACCACGAAUGAACCAGUAAAAAUGUGGUUGCAUCUUGUUAGAUGGAACAAUAUCUCGAGCUGGAACAAGCCCAAUUACACAGCUGAUAUAUAGAUAAUUCUCUCUCUAUAUAUGCUGAAUAACAUCCUAGUACAAAAAACAUUGUUGAUUCUUGUAAUAGGUCUCUUUAUAAUUACUGCUUUUGUUGUGUUAA